AUGGCCCCGGUGGCUGAGAUCCGGGGCCUCACGCCGGGCUACAAGUUCAUGCCGGCCGACGAGGAGGUGAUCGAGUUCUACCUCAUCCCACGCCUGCGCGGCCAGCCCCUGCCGCUGGACGGCGUCAUCAUCGACGAGGACCCACGGAGCGCGCCACCGUGGAAGCUCUUCGAGCGCAACGGGCUGGACGAGGUGGACGUGGAACAUGCGUUCUUCUUCACGUCCGGCGAGUAUGCCAAGAGCGCCAAGCGCAAGGUCCGCGCCUGCGCUGGCGGGACGUGGGUCGGGAUGAAGGUCGGCAACAAGGGGAAGCUGCGCCUCGGCGGGGAGACCUUUGCAUGGCAGGUGUACAGGAUGAACUACCUGUGGGGCGCCGGCAGGAGGACCGGCAGCACGGGGUGGGUCAUGCUCGAGUACUCCAUCUCGCACCGGCCGACUGUGCUUCCAUCAAGGUGUGCAAGAUCUCCUUUAGCGGCUAUGGCCAGAAGCGGCAACGGGUGCCCGACGGCUAUGUCGACGACUGUGAUAGCGGCCGCGCCGCUACUCAUCCACUCGCGGCCGCACUGCCAUCUUCGACGACUAAGUGUUAUUCAGAACCCCAAGACGAAGAUGCCGGAGGGGAAGGAGAAGCAGAUUCAACUUGGACCUAUCAAGAACCCUUCACGGCGGCGCAGCAGUUUGAUGAUCAAGAUACGCAACCAUUGA